AUGGCGCCCAAAUCAGCACCUCCCCUCAACGCCCCGGCAUCAAAAGUCACAGUCAAAAUCUCCGCCAUCGACACCACCCUCACCAUGUCCUCCAACCUCGCCGGGCAGAUGUGGUCGCCCAAGAUCCCGGGUUUCGAGAAAGCAGACUUUGGCAUCUGGUCCUUCCUAAUUGAACAUCCCUCGGGAAGGAAAUUGGUCUAUGAUCUGGGGACGCGGAAGGAUUGGAGGAAUCUGGCGCCGGCGCAUGGGUUGGUGGGAUUGGUUGAGGGGGGUGUGAUUGAGAAAUUGGAGAUUGAGGAUGAUGUGGCGGGGAUUUUGAAGAGGAACGGAGUCAAGCUGGAGGACGUGGAGGGAGUGGUUUGGAGUCAUUGGCAUUUCGACCAUACUGGUGAUCCGUCUACGUUUCCGGCCUCAACGAAGUUGAUUGUCGGGCCUGGGUUCAAGGAAGUCUUCACUCCCGGCUACCCAGCAGACCCAGAGGGCCGAUGUCUCGAAACUGAUUUCGCUGGCCGCGAACUCCAAGAGAUCGACUUCGGCGGAUCCGACAUUACCAUCGGCCGCUUUAAUGCCUUCGACUACUUCGGCGACGGCAGCUUCUACAUCCUUGAUGCCCCUGGGCACACCAUCGGGCACAUCAACGCCUUAGCCCGCACACACCCCUCUCCUGAGCCGGGUUUCGUCCAUCUGGGCGGCGACUCCGCGCAUCAUGCGGCUGAGAUACGACCGUCCGAGUACUUGCCGCUACCGGACAGUAUCUCGCCAUCCCCUCUCCCGCAUCUCCACGCAAACACAUGUCCAGGCCACAUCUUCACUCCCCUGCUCAAGGAUGGUUCCAAGACGGAGCAUAUCCUCGAAUGGCAAGACCCCUGGGCCGAAUUCACGGAGCCGAAGUUCGGGCUCAUCUACGACGAGAAGGAUUUGAGGGACACCGUAAGGAAAGACGAGGAAUUGGAUGCAAACAGGGAUAUUCUUACGUUUCUUGCGCAUGAUUGGAGUUUGAAGGGGAUGGUGAGCGAGUUUCCGGAGAGUUUGAAUGGGUGGAGGGAGGAGGGGUGGAAGGGGGAGAGUACGUGGAGAUUCUUGGGAGUGUUUGAGAAAGCGGUUGCGCAGUGA